AUGCCCCAGGCAACACUACAUACGCCACGGCUGAAGCUCGUUCCCUACGCCGACGAGCACUACCCCCUCAGCAAGGCGCUCGACCAGGACCCUGAGGUCAUGAAGCACAUCGGCUUCGGACGCCCGCUCACAGACGACGAGACGAAACAAGUCCACGCGUGGCUACUUAACUCCUGCACCUCAGUCCCAGGGCUGGGCACCUGGGUCGCAUACGCAGAGGAUAAACCUGAUCCGAUCGGAUGGUGGAUUCUCGCGCCUACGCCUCUUGAUCCGUCUAAACCAACUGAGAACUUCAGCACCGAGCGCUCAGAAACGGGAUACAGACUGCUACGCGAGCACUGGGGAAAGGGCUAUGCCACCGAAGGCUCAAAAGAGGUCAUCCGCCAUGCAUUCCAGGAGCUGGGUCUGACGGAGGUCUUUGGCGAGACCAUGACGGUGAACAAGCCAAGCAGGAAAGUUAUGGAGAAGCUGGGCAUGAAGCACGUCGAUACUUGGUUCAAUACCUAUCCGACCCCGCCGCCGGGGAUUGAAGAAGGGGAGGUCCGCUAUCGGAUUACGCGCGGGGAGUGGGAGGCCAUGCAAUAUGGGAGUCCGCCAAGUAGUUGUUAG